CCCAAGCAGAGAGAUUCAUGGAGGUCUUUCCUCUGGCACGAGGACAUGUCUCAUUAUGGAUCCAUCAGAGAACAUCCGCUUUUAGGCAUUUACAAGAAGUGUUACUUUGAUGAUUUCCACCAGAACUAAGGAUGGUUUCACCUCAUACAUUUAAUCAAACAGAGGUUGACAACACCUUCUACUACUUCAUGGUAUUGACAGAAAGAUAUUGGCGUGCAAGACAUUUCGCGGUGAAGAAACCAAAGUUCACCAAUACCCUUCUUGUAUGUUUUAAGUAAAAGGAACUGUUUCUCUUACGUAAGCAUGAUUGGUAAUGGGACAAGGUGUUCGUAUAGAAAACAUUUCCGAAAACAUUGGAAAACUGUCUUCUUCAUCUUGUUCAUAUGUUGUGGUUUAUAUGCCUACUUGUACGAAAGAAUUAAUACCACGAAGAAAAAUGCUUUCCGGAAGUCAAACGGCACUGAGAGGGACAACUACAAUGGACAACUACAAAAACCUGAGCCGGGUGGUCCUGGAUUUAUUAAUGAUGAUAACGUAAGUUCAGUCAGAGGAAAUAUUGGUAUUUCGACAAGUGUGGUCAAAAGUACAGACCCGGUGGGUAAAGAACUGAAGGCCAGGUUCAACAUGGGUCAUUGGAAUUCUUCAACAGUUUCCAGGGAAUACCAUCACCAUUAUCAAGUAAACUGCAGUGGGAUUAUCCAAGGGGACCCCUUAUCCCUGGAAAGAUCAAAGUCGAUCCUCACUUGGACAAAUGUCGAAGGACGAACGCCAAUGCCUUCGGAUGAGGUAGUUGCAACGUGGACGCGCAACUGUGAUUAUUACAGGACUAACCGGAAGUACCCAACCGAGGCAAUGUCACUUGAAGAAUUUGACUUUCCCCUAGCCUAUAUACUGCUUGUGCACAAGGACGCAGCGCAAGUGGAGAGGCUGCUCCGGUCCAUCUAUCAUCCGCAGAAUGUGUACUGCUUCCACGUGGAUGCCAAUGCGGACGACGAUUUUGGCACAGCGAUCCUUGGAAUGUCCCGUUGCUUUGACAAUGUCUUUAUAGCUUCAAAACUUGAGAGAGUCCAGUACAGGGGAUUCUCUCGUCUUCAGGCGGAUAUCAACUGCAUGGAAGAUCUAGCAUCCUGGAGUGGAUCUCGCUGGAAGUAUGUUAUCAAUCUAUGUGGUCAAGACUUUCCUUUGAAAACUAACCUGGAGAUUGUCCACCAGGUGAAAGCCUAUGGAAGUUAUAAUGAUAUCCCUGGUGUAUAUCCGAAACAAACUGAAUGGUUUGUUAACCGGACCCGGAACCACCAUCGCGUGGUAAAUGGAAAGUUGCAGAUCACAGGAAUCGUAAAACCUCCACCACCUCGCAAUGCUAAAAUAUACUUUGGAAAUGCUUACUAUGUCGCCAGCAGACGAUUCGUGGAAUUCAUUCUCAACAACAGAACUGCUAAGGAGUUGUUAUAUUAUCUCGAAGAUACGAACAGUCCGGAUGAGCACUACUGGGUCACCAUGAGUCGUUUCCCGGAUGCACCAGGCGGAUAUCCGUACUCGUCAUGGCGAUCCUCCGCUCGAUUUAUCCGGUGGACCGUGUCGGAUGAACAUCCGCCCUGCAUCGGAAAGUACGUACGGCAAGUCUGUGUUAUUGGGUCCGGAUAUCUACCUUAUGUUACCAGUCUACCGCAUUUAUUUGUAAACAAAUUGAAUUAUGAUUACGAUCCGAUUUCGUUGCAAUGUCUAGAGGAGAUUAUGGAUUACCGGACAUUAUUUCCCAAUGCAUUAGCUGAUUUCGUUCCGGUUUACCCGUUAUAUGACUUAUUUCCAAAUAACCCGCAGACAGAAAAACAACAAUAUUAGUGAAAGCAACGAAGGGCACUGGUUUUCCCUUUUUCUCUUUUAAUUGCCCUGAUUACAACCAGCCGUUCUGCUUUGAAUCUGCGGCAUAUUUUGCAAGAAAGCUGAAGGCACCGAUCCCACUCAUUUCCAUGAGUGCGCAGAACAAAAAAUAAUAUUGAACAUACGUUACGUUUGGCCAAGUAUUUUUUUAAAAUGCAAGUGAUACGCAUGGCCAUCGUACAUCUUGCAGGUACUUCUUACGUCCAACGCAGAUACGACCUGAGAAGGUCACUUGGACGCACCCUACUGUUUAAAGUUGCACCUUGAUUCUGCUAAGCACAUGCGGGGCUAUUGAAUCCUGGGUCCCGCAAAGUUACUUUGCCAUCCAAUGAUAUCUUCUAUGGAAUUCUUAAAUUGAUUGCCUGUUGAGCAGUGUUGCCAUUGUAGUUACAAUUGGAUGGUAAACAGGUAAAGGAGCUUAAAAUAAUAGUAGUUGUCAUGCAAGGGGACCCCGGAUGUUUGGUGUAUACAAAUAUAUCAGGCUUUUAGUUAGUGCAGCGGGAAUCAUUUGCCCAAGGAUUGACUGGCAAUUACUAUUUCUUUUAGAUUGAAAAAAAAAAACAUACGGGUCAUAGGACGAGGUUUACAGUCGGCCUAUCUGCGAUCAGCUGUGAAUAGGGUCCUGGUUCGUAAACACUUGUUAUGAUAAAAAUUUCGAAUUUUUCCAUUACAAAAUUGACGGAAAGAAAGUUUCAAAAGAGCAGUUACAGAAACAUUGAGAUAAUCAAAUGAAUAAUAUUUGAAGGAUUCCAGUAGCUUUAAAAUGUUAUUGGAAAUAUGUUCUCAUAACGAGAUUUAUGAAAGGGCCCGUGGCUUCCAAGCAUAUCUUUUGUAGGUAUUUGUUCAAGUUUGUAAGGUGUCGGUAAUUAACUGUUCAUUAAAAGUGAUUAUGUGAAAA